UUCCUUCAAAACAUUUUCAAAGAUCUGUUUUAUUUUUUUCACCCAAAUGCAAAUAAAAAACUCUGCAGUGUCAUUAGUCUUUCUUGGAUACACAAAUCCUUAAACCUUUUGUUUUCUCAGAAAAUGUAUGCUAUGUCACAUUGUAGCUCAUUGUGGAAUCUGUGUGUUAUAACUUGCCACUCCUUGUUUUCUGAACUAACUCACCUUUCCCCUCCUGUUUCUCUGAGUCCUGAUACGCCACACCCUCUUUUCCAAGUUUUGCUUUCUGCCAUUUUCUAUGUAAACCUCUGUGGACUCCACUUUAACUUUGUCAAACAGCUUGUUCAGUGUUGGACAUCUUUUCUCUUCCAUUCCAGCUGACUGAACUGUUUCUAGCAUAAUUUUCUUCAUUGCAAGUCUCUUCUCUUGGUCAUGGAUGAUUUUGUUUGUGGCAUACUAAAUGAGUGGCAUCUGAGUGAGUUGAUAGACACAUUUAGAGAUGAAGGCAUUGACUCUGAAAGUCUUUUUGAGCUCAAGGAUGAACACAUUGAUAAGUUGAUUCCAAAAAUGGGACCGAACUUAAAAUUCAAAAGGAGACUCAAUCUGUUGAAGAUGGAACAAAACACAAAUCAGAGAAUACAUCAUGUUCCACCACAGGGUCAACAGGAGGGUGAAGAAGCUACUGGUAUGACUGAGGUUUUGCCGUCUACAAGUAAUACAGGAAAGCGAAACCUUGACCCACUGUGUGAGUCUAGCAAAGGACAACCAGCAGUAAAAAGGAAGCGUGAGACAAAUUCUGUCACAGAAACAAGGAUAUUAAAUUCUGUGAAAAACACAAUGGGUUAUGUCCUUGCCAAACUAAACAAUCAAGAUGACACAAAUCUCAAAUCGUUCUUGAAGACUAAAAUAAAGAAUCUGGAGACAGGAAAGAAAGAGCUGGUUUGUGUCUUUGGUAAAACUGGAGCUGGUAAGACAUCUUUGAUAAACGCAGUCCUUGGAGAGAAGAUGCUUUUGCCUUCUGGAAGUAUUGAAGCAUGUACCUCAGUCAUGCUUAAAGUGGAGGCUAACAAGUGCAAUGAAAGAUACGAGGCAGAGAUUGAAUUCAUUUCACCAGAGGAGUGGGAAGAUGAGUUGGGAUCAUUGUGUCGUACAGUUGAAAAAGGAGCUUCAGAAAGUCAUGACAAAAAUGAUGAUGAUGAUGAUGAAGAUGAUGAUGAUUAUCAUGAAGCGGUAGACAAGCUGACAGCUCUUUAUGGAGAAGAAUGGAGAGAAAAAUCAUGUGAACAACUCAUGGAACCCAAGUACUUUAAAGGAAUUUAUGAAUUUCUACAUUCAGAACAAAAAACCCUGGCUUUUGAAUCAGCUAAGGAACUAUCUCGACAUAUUGUAAAGUACACCAGAAAUGGCACAAAUGAAACAAAUACAGAAAUAAACCGAUGGUUUUGGCCAAUUGUGAAGAGUGUGACUGUCAGGGUACCGAAGAAUAACUUUCUCCAGCAUGUCACACUGGUGGACCUUCCUGGAAAUGGAGACCGAAAUAAGAGCAGAGACUCAAUGUGGAAAAUGAUUGUUGGAAACUGUUCAACUGCCUGGGUUGUUGCUGAAAUCAACCGAGCAGCAGCAGAUAAAGAAUCCUGGGAUAUCCUGAAAGAAAUUAGUAGUCAGCUUGGAAACGGUGGAGAGUGUCGACAUAUUCACUUUAUCUGCACUAAGUCUGAUCUCGUGAAUGGUUUACAUGAAUACAACAAAGAAGAUGCUCAGGCCCUGAUACUCAAAAGAAACAUGGAAACCAAAAAAAGUGUGAACAAGGAGUUGAACAAACUGACCAAGCUUAAGAAACACUUCAGUGAUGAAUGUUUCCAAGUGUUCACAGUGAGCUCAGAAGAGUUUUUCAGAGGAAAAUAUCUAAGUCCAGAAAACACUGAAAUACCCAGGCUGCAGGAAUUUGUGCAAAAUCUCAAUGACUCUCACUCAGAGACAUUAAACUAUGUAUCUGGAGCUCAUGGCAUCCUCUCCUUGAUUCAUGGGGCCGACUCAAGAAAAGAGGAUAGCAGAAAUAAGGAAGUGUAUGAAGCUCUUGGAAAAAAUGUAAUCCUUCAAACUGAGUUAAUCAAGAAAGAAAUGACGAAGAUCCAAACAACUUUUGAAGAUUGUCUUCGAGAAGGAGUUGUGAGAUCCAUAACCUCAUGUGAUAAAAUCUUGAGUUCUUUCCUGUAUCCGAGAAAGAGUGGUCGGGGUUUUCAUAAACAACUGAAAAAAGCAGUAGAAAACGGCGGCAUCUAUAAACCCAAUGGAAGGGGGAAAGAAAUGAACCUCAACAUGAAAUUAACUUCGUCUCUGACUGACAGUAUUGACGAUGAAUUCAGAAACACCUUUCCAAAUGAAGGACAAUCUGGUCCGUUCAAAGGAGUGAUCAAUAAGUUUACACUUGACACUGAAGGACUUAAACAGAAGUACAAGGAAUUUGAGCUGCAGCUGGUGUUUCUCAAGUCAGAGGAAGACCGUCUUAAGACAGACCUGGAAAAAAGUAUUCGUAAGCAGAAAAAAACAGUCUACAGGAGUCUAACGAAAACAAUUGGGGAAGCCAUGCAAGUCUGCUACAAAAAAGCAGCAGCGUUUGAAGGAACUGGUAUACUACAGAAUAUGCGGGAAACUAUAGAGAAACAUGUAUAUGCAUCAAAGAACUUCAUGUUUGAAGAUGCUAAAAACGUCAUGAUGACACAACUGAAUGAUUUGAUGGUGGAAGUCCUGGAAACUCUGCAGAAUACCAUGAAGGAAUAUAUUGAGGUAUCACUCAGGACUGAUGAACACUCAGUUCCAGAUGUUUCAGCAGAGCUUGAGAUGGUCCAAAAACUCUAUGAAGAGUUACUGCAAAGCAGCUGAGCACUUAUGGCCACAAUCACUGGAAGGAUUCCUCAUCAGGAGAGAUACUGCAUCUACUGCCCUAAGGAUGAGAGACUUCAGUAUGAAAAAACAAAUCAUUUAAAUAUUAUACUCCCUGUUGUGAAUUUUUCUUAUUAGACAUUUAGAAAGUGAAAGUAGAAAUGCAAAUCAGAUUUUUAGUAAAUCAAGAUCUCUUUACUCCGUACUACAGAGAGAAGUACAGAAAAAAAGUUUUAAAUAUUUUUCUUUGGAUUUUCAUGAAAUGUGAGCAAAUUAACAAAACAUUAGCAUUUAUUGAGGAAAGCAUCUUCAAUAAAUCUCCUAAUCUUUUUUUGCUCCUAAUCUCUGGAGCUCCUUUACCACAUAAAUUUGAUCCAUUAUUGAGCUAUGAGUUUUCAGAUCAUAGCUAAAAACACAUCUGUUUAGACGUUGAUUUAAUGCAUAUUUAUUGUUGUUUAGGUGUGGUUCAUGUAGCAACCUUCUGGGUGCAUUCUUCCAUGACAACAAAUUUCAUUUUUCUUAGGUGUUGGGGGUAUA